GAGGUGACCGGCUGCUUGCGGCUACUCUUCUACGAGGGCACGGCUGUAAAGCUGCGUCCUUAGUUCUUCUAUUCUAUCGUGCAACGCUCCAAGUUGCGUUGAAAACAGCAUCUCACAGAUUGCGCUUUUCGUGGUUGUCUCUCAAGAUCUGCAUGCGACUGCAGUUACCGCAAACCGGCGGCCAGCACGAGGUAUACUCACAAGCCAGUACAGCUUUAGUGUCAUAUCCAUACGCAUCUUUCGUUUCGGGCGCACAGGCCGAUAGACUGUGUUGAGCAUAACCUCUCGCUUUGAUGGCGUCGGGCGAUCACGCAUCCUGCGACUUGCAGCUGCACUGUUCUGCCACUGAAAGUGGCAGCCCUGCUGUUGCCAAGCAAGCUAAGAGGAUUUCAAGUUCAGAGGAUGCCCCUGCCACUGCACGGCCAAGUGACAUCAUCACAGCUGUAUCGCAAAGUAACAGCACCGUAAGUGCACAACAAAGUGACACCACUACUACCGCACAGCAAAGCAACCGCACCAUCACUGCAAUUCAAAGUGACAGCACCACUAUGACAUUGCACAGCACCAAUGCUUCACUCAAAAGGGAUGCCCCCACCAGUACACUGGAGCUGUUAAGUCACUCUGCAAUGGGCAGCAAUAGUAAAAAAGCUUCCAGUAACCCCCGGCAUUCUCCAAAACAGCAAAGACUGUGCCCCUCUGUAAUUGCGCAUAAUUGUAGGGAUAGCACACCACGUUCCAGACGGACAGUGAAACAGCGUUCAAGCAUUGUUUGGAGAUGCCUCACGCCACAGCCUGUUCAUGACACAUCCUUCUCAGAGAGCAGCUCCGAGUCAACGUCCUCAGAUGACUGUGCUGAGCUAAGGCGCCUGUGCCGUUCACAAGAAGAUCUUACCAUUAAGAACUGCCUGGAAUCUGAAUGGCAAGUGCCACUGUACAAUCAUAUAGCUGCACGUACCCCUCAGCUGCAGCACACUCCAGGAUCCGAACAGCAGCUCCCAUCCAGCAAACCUCUUGCUCCACAUUGUCCCCAUAGCUUGCCGCUUCCUCUGGAACCGAAAUUGCCGCUCUAUGACCCUCGCGUACCACCGCCGUCUCUGGUGGCGCACUCUCCAGGGCCAGAGCCAAAGCUGCCAUUCUAUGACCCCCAUGUUCCACCUCCCUCGCUAUUGCCGACUUCUCCUUUGUCAUCCACAUCUGACAGCUUGGGAGCAGUGACCUCAUUCGCACAGACAUCGCCGAUGUCAUCUACACGGGACAGCUUCGGAGCAGUGCCCUCGUUUGCACAGACAUCGCCGAUGUCAUCUACAUGGGACAGCUUCGGAGCAGUGCCCUCGUUUGCACAGAAUUCGCCCUCAUCAUCUACAUGGGACAGCUUCGGAGCAGUGCCCUCGUUUGCACAGAAUUCACCCUCGUCAUCUACAUGGGACAGCUUCGGAGCAGUGCCUUCGUGUACACAGAAUUCACCCUUGUCAUCUACACGGGACAAUGCUGAAGCAGUGCCCUCGUUUGCACAGACCUCAUCCUUGCCACCUGCGCUGGAAAGCUGCAGAGCAGUGAAAGAGUUGACUCCGGUGAAGCGGAUUACCGAUGAAGAUUGGCCACUUGUCAAAAGAAGCCGUUCCAGUCCAGAGCGGGAUGACCUUGAUCUGUCCACCUCUCCCACGCAAGUCUUCAGGGGCGGCCUGCAGUGGCGUGGUCCAAGCACAUACAGGAUGUACUGUGUGCAGCAAGAUAAGGAUGGUGACAAAGAUCGGCUUGCCCUAAACAUGUUCUGCUACCAGGACGAAGACACAGCAGAAGUUGUGUUCAGACCCAAGCCUACUGUUCACACUCCGCAGACCGCUGCUCCUACGCAUGCUCAACGAUGGCGACGACGGCUCAGUCGUUGGGCACCUGCUUCUUCUAAUGCCACGCAGUCCUCAGAGAUGGCGCUUACAACAGCUCCCAUUGUUCCUCUGCUCUCUAAGCCAAUGCCGUACUCGCUUCCGUCAAAGGCAGGCCUUGUGGACUCGCAUUGCCACCUAGACUUCAUAUUCAGUCGAGUGGGCCACUCCGGAACGUAUGCCAAAUUUCGCCUCAACCAUAGAGACACUUUUCCGGACUGCUAUGAAGGUUGUGUGGCGAACUUUUGCAAUCCAGCAACAUUCAGGCAGCGCCACAUGUGGAACAGCCUGCUGUCAGAGGAUGGUGUCUGGGGUGCCUUUGGAUGCCAUCCUCACAUGGCCAAUGAGUAUAACAAGGACAUUGAGGAGGACCUUGUCCAUGCCCUUGACCAUCCCAGUGUGGUAGCUCUUGGCGAGAUUGGUCUCGAUUAUUCACACAAGAACCAGUGCAAUCACGGAGUCCAAAAGGAGGUCUUCCGGAGGCAGCUGCAGUUGGCCCUCAACCGUAGGCUACCACUCGUGAUUCACUCGCGGGACUCCACUGCAGACACCAUCCAGAUCCUCCAGGAGCGGGUGCCAAGAGACUACCUCAUUCAUCGUCACUGCUUCACGGGAGGCUGGAAAGAGGCGCAGGAGUGGCUUGAUGCAUUCCCCAAUCUGUGCCUGGGCCUCACGCCGCUCGUGAGCUUCGACCGAGUGGGCCCGCUCACCGAGGUUGCCCGCAAGAUUCCCCUUGACCGUUUGCUGAUAGAGACGGACUCGCCUUACUUCCUUCCAAAAGAAGAGUCGAGAAAUCUGCGCUGUUCACACCCAGGCAUGGCCAUAUACGUGGCAAUGAGGGUCGCAUCUCUUCGAAGCAUUCCUGUCGAAGAUGUCCUUGCCGCAGUCCGUGAGAACACGAAGCGCAUCUACAGCAUAUGAUGUCGGAGGCAUCUUCAUGUCGUCAAGCUCACGUGGCCUGCGGUGUUCCUCUGCAUCUGGUGUUGCGAAAGUGAGAGGCAAAGCUGUGCGUGCCGCAAUGUUGUCGCACUGGAUGCAGAGCUGCUGAAAGCAUGUGGUUAACUACAUUCUUGAGGGACACCUGCUGGCCAUUCAUCAUCAUCGACGUUAGCCACGCUCACAGCGAGACGCUUAUUUGGUGCAGCUGUUAAAGCAAGCACUGUGCCGUGCUAGUCAGACCAAGGAAUUAUACUUAUGGAGGCAGAAGCCCACCUGCCUUGCUUUGUGUUUCAUAUACAGAUUAGCCUGACAUUGUAAGCCUUCCAAGCUUGACAUAUUGUGUUCGUCUUUGUUCACCUGCACUAUGUACUUUACCAGUGGACACAGUUUCGCAAGUAGUGUUUGACAGCCGACAUGUUUAAGUGUUCGCAGUUUUCCUAGUAAAAAAAUGUUAACUCACGCGAAGCUGUUGCUCAGAAACAACGUGACAACACUCUGGAUUACAUGUAAGCCGAUAGUAUGCGUGUAGGGAAAAUGGUUGUGCUGUACAAACUGCAAGUUGUUUGGCCAAGAUGGCAUGGGGUAGUUGAUUAACAUUAACACUUGUACUGUUUCUGAAAUGUGCUGAUAAUAAUUUGAUAUCGAGGGUUUUCUUUUUGUGUGUGUAUGUGUGUAUGACUGGAUCAUAUGCUCAGCAUGCACAAAAAAAAGACGCAUGCAGUUAUGAAGCUUGUAAAAGGAGCUUUUAUUGUAUAGUCUGUUGUAAGCAUAUAGUAUAUCCCUCCUAGAACUGUCA